GAGAAUAGUCUAUUUUCGUGAUUCAUUUUCAAUCAAUUCAAUAUUCAUAAAAUUCUUGUGUCUAUUUUUGGAGCACUUAAUCAUUGAACCUGUGCAUCUCUUAAGAUGAUCAUCCCUGGCCGAAUCGCAGUGGCACGUAAAGUCGUUACCAACCUCAUCUCCAUCAAGCAUCAAACACAGCCUUGCGGUGUCGACUUGACUCUAAAGCGAGUGUUACAAUGGUCUUCCAAUGGUACGGUCGAUUUUGACAACGCCCUUCGAAAAACGGCCACAACGAAUGAGAUACCGUUUCGAAGCGGUCUAACAAACCUUUCCUCCAAGACUACGAGUGAUAACUCAGCAACACGCGCCACCAACGGCACCAACAACGACGAUAACUCCAUGGCACACCACCUCACACUCGCACACGGAUCCUAUCUCGUCGAGUUUAAUGAGCUCGUCGACAUGCCCCUCGACCUCAUGGGCCAGAUCUUCGUUCGGAGCUCACUUUUCCGAUCGGGCGCCCUGAUCUCCGCCGGGGUCAUGGACAGUGGGUAUAAAGGUCCUGUUGGUGCUAUGUUGCAGGUUGUUAAUCCGCAUGGCUUGCGGCUGAUGAGAAAUGCGAAGCUUGCGCAGAUUGUGUUUCAUGAGAUGAGUGAGAGUGUUGACGGGUAUGAUGGGGUGUAUCAGGGUCGGGCGUUCGGGUCAUAGGGGAAACUAGGUGACAGACGCUUUAGAAUGGGUGUAGAUCUGGGAUGUUAUGGGCAUAGAGUGAAAUUAUAGGCAGGCAUUGAGAGGGC